CGCCGCCACGGUAAUCACACGCCGCUCCGGUAGUUCAGAACGAUCAAGCGCGUGCUCAUGAUACGAUCACCAUAAUCAGAAAAAAUAUUUUUCGAGCAGUGCGUAAUCUUAUUGUGAAAUCUGACCAAAAGGACACAAGUCGGGUAAAUUGGUUCUGCUGUCGUGGGUGGCAAUCAUUAAAAGUUCCGUCUCUGGUUUUUCUUUUAUUACCGUUCGAUUGCUAGCAAUUCUUGUAAGUUAUUUUAUUUGUUGUAACAAACGUUAUUUCAGGUUUCAAUUCCAUUUCGUUGCGAAAUUUAAUUUAGAUAAGAUCUUUAUUGCUAUCUAACAUUUCAGCUUCGAAAGGUCCGUUUAAACUAUAUAAAUAAAAUCAGUGUAGUGUAAUAAUGAAUUAGAUAAACUCGACUCAAAGUGUUCAAAUAUUUGUGGACCGGACCCUCCCUAAAUCAAUGUUUAUCUAAGUGUAUUCUAAUUAUAAACAUUGUUGAUGGUAUUAAUUUAGUGUGGUGAAUUUGGAUGUGAUGCUGCAUUGCAUAUGCAGUGAUAUCUGGUCAUGCUGAUUGGUCGAUCAGUGAUAGCAAAAUGGAGGUGAUAUGUGUGCUGAUACUCGUUUGGAGUACGCUGACCUCGAACGCGCUGCCACCUGUCAUUCGCAUUGGUGCGAUUUUCACGGAAGACCAGAAAGAUAGCAGCGUCGAAUUAGCAUUCAAAUAUGCGGUCUACAAAAUUAACAAAGAUAGGGUUUUGCUUUCAAACACCACUCUAGUAUACGAUAUCCAAUACGUGCCCCGGGACGACAGCUUCCGAACGUCGAAAAAAGUGUGUCGUCAGAUGGAAUUCGGCGUCCAGGCCAUCUUCGGGCCCUCGGAUCCAAUAUUAGGAGCACAUAUUCAAAGUAUUUGCGAAGCUCUAGACGUGCCCCAUCUCGAGGCUCGAAUAGACUUCGAGCCCCUGUCCAAGGACUUGUCAAUCAAUUUACACCCGAGUCAAGAGCACAUGAACAAGGCAUUCAAAGACCUGAUGACCUUCCUCAACUGGACCAAAGUCGCCAUUAUAUACGAGGAAGACUACGGCCUUUUCAAGCUGCAAGAAUUGGUCAAGGCGCCGGCUGCUGCAAGGACUGAAAUGUAUAUCCGCCAGGCCGGCCCCACUUCAUAUCGACAAGUGCUGAAAGAAGUGAGACAAAAAGAAAUAUACAAGCUCAUCGUCGACACGAAUCCCAGAAACAUCCAAAAAUUUUUUAGAGCGAUUUUGCAACUACAGAUGAACGACUAUCGCUACCACUACAUGUUCACCACCUUUGAUUUAGAGACAUUCGAUCUGGAAGAUUUCAAAUACAAUUCUGUAAAUAUUACGGCAUUCAGAAUUGUUGAUGUGGAUGAUCCCCAAGUAAAAGAAUCCCUUGAAGUUAUGGAAAAAUUCCAACCGAUUGGCCAUGCAAUCCUUAAUAAAAGCGGGAUUAUUCAGGCGGAGCCUGCGCUAAUGUUUGACUCAGUGUAUGUUUUUGCUAAAGGGCUGGCUGCCAUGGGUUCUAUAAAGCCAAUGAACUUAUCUUGCGACGUCGAGAAGCCCUGGGAUGAUGGAUCGUCCCUGUACAAUUAUUUGGGCGACGUGGAUGAUCUCCGAGGUUUGACAGGGAACAUAGAAUUUAAUGGUGGCAAGAGGUCAAACUUCAAACUGGACCUGCUCAAGCUGAAGAAAGAGGAGAUCCGGAAAGUGGGCCAGUGGACGCCGUCGGGGGGCGUUAACAUUACUGACCCCAACGCUUUCUACGAAAGUCACGCGCCGAACAUAACCCUUGUCGUCAUGACUAGGGAGGAGCGUCCGUACGUGAUGGUGAAAGAUGAAAAAAAUUUAACCGGAAACGCCAGAUACGAGGGCUUUUGCAUCGACCUAUUGAAAUGGAUCGCAGGUCAGGUCGGCUUCCAGUACACAAUCCGUCUGGUCCCCGAUCACAUGUAUGGAGUGUACGACCCCGAUACCAAAGAAUGGAACGGCAUCGUGCGCGAGCUUAUGGAAAAACGGGCGGACCUCGCUGUGGCUUCCAUGACAAUAAAUUAUGCACGGGAGAGCGUAAUCGACUUUACUAAACCGUUUAUGAACCUCGGCAUAGGAAUUCUAUUCAAGUCGUCGAAAAGCGAGCCGAGUCGGCUGUUUUCCUUUCUCAACCCUUUGGCGAUGAACAUAUGGCUCUACAUGGCCGGGGCUUACGUCCUGGUAUCGAUAACAAUUUGGAUAGUGGCCCGGUUUUCGCCCCUUGAGUGGAAAGAGCCGGAGCUGUGCGACGACUGUCUCCUAAAAAAAUAUUCAAUCUUGUUCGAGUUUGACGAACAUUGCGAGCACGACGCAUCAUCAGGCAUCGGCAGCGACGCCGCUGACGAUUUAGCCUCGCUUCCUAACAACGACAACGAUAUUGACGAAGUAAUCGAAUCCAUUAAUGAUCCGUGUCUAAGUCACGAACACGCCGACGGAAGAACAUUAGAAAUACUCGAGAACGGAUUCACGAUAGGCAACAGCUUCUGGUUUGCCAUCGGCAGUUUGAUGCAGCAAGGAUCAGAUCUCAACCCGAAGGCAACGUCUACGAGGAUCGUAGGCGGAAUCUGGUGGUUUUUUACUCUCAUAAUCAUCUCUUCCUACACCGCAAAUUUGGCCGCCUUCCUAACGGUGGAACGCAUGAUUACCCCCAUUGAGAGUGCCCAAGACCUGGCCGAUCAGACCGAUAUUGCUUAUGGAACUCUCGAAGGCGGCAGCACUAUGACGUUUUUUAGGGAUUCGAAGAUAGGCAUUUACCAAAAAAUGUGGCGGUUUAUGGAGAGCCGAAAGCCGUCGGUGUUCGUGAAAACGUACGAGGAAGGUGUGCAGCGCGUGCUGGAGGGGAAUUACGCCUUCCUAAUGGAAUCAACUAUGCUGGACUACGCCGUUCAAAGAGACUGCAAUUUAACGCAAAUUGGAGGCCUGCUGGACUCAAAAGGCUACGGGAUAGCGACGCCGAAAGGCAGUCCGUGGAGAGACAAAAUAUCGCUUGCAAUCCUCGAGCUUCAAGAGAAAGGAGUGAUCCAAAUACUCUACGACAAGUGGUGGAAAAAUACUGGAGAUGUUUGUAAUCGAGACGAUAAAAGUAAAGAAUCCAAAGCCAACGCCUUGGGGGUCGAAAAUAUUGGGGGUGUGUUUGUGGUGCUUCUCUGCGGCCUGGCCCUCGCCAUUCUAGUCGCCAUCCUCGAGUUCUGCUGGAACAGCAAGAAAAACGCCCAGACCGACCGCCAGUCGCUGUGUUCGGAAAUGGCAGAAGAAUUGCGGUUUGCGGUGCGUUGUCACGGCUCCAGACAGCGUCCCGCUCUGCGAAGAUCUUGUACAAGGUGUAGUCCGGCCACGACAUAUGUGCCUGCGGCCCUUGAUUUACCGCACAUCAAUGGGCCAAUGAAUUUAAUGGAAAUCCAAUUUAUUCCCGAAUCGAGUCAACACGCGCAAAGGAAGGCGUGAUGCUGCCCAUGAUGGACCUGAAGAAGUCGCCCAUCAGCUACGACGUCGACACUUAGCGGCGACUCUACGCUGGGGGCACGUCGACGUUCGCGUGCACCUCCAGCGCCAUCCGGGACUGCUGCGGGGGCCCGUCCAACUCCCGCCCGCAGCGGGCGGCCACCCUCAAUUACCGGGCCACUCCGCAGUGCCCAGAUCUGGCGAAAAAAAGUGCCACGCUGGGACGUAACUCCGGAUUCUGUCGCGAUACGUGUGACAUUGUACAAAGCGGUCUGCAAAACGACGUCCCGGAUAAAAUACUGUGGAAGUUCGAUUGUGAUAUUGGUAGUCCGAACAACCCAGACGUAGUGACCAGGACACUGCCCGACGCCAUCGUAAGUAGGACCACCACUUUGUGAUACAUAGGUAGAAUUUGUAAAUUGAAUCAAAUAAAUGGACUGAUGUUUGUACCAAUUUCAA